CCGUUAGGUACUGACCACAGCUUAAUGCUCCUCACAUCACACAGCACAGAAGCCGUCCUUCACUACCAAGACCACAGAGGUCAUGUCGUCCAGUCUGUCAGUACGGAGUUUCUCUAUGGGCCGACAGCCCUCUUUCUCCAGCUUGUCUCUGAGGGACAGCGGACGUGCCCGAUCCAAAGCCGCUGUCUCAUUCGCUGCCGCCAAGCCUCUGUCUCGCUCUGCCUCCAUGAGCAUGUCAGAUCUGAACGGCCUGAGCAACCUGUCCCUCAACGGCCUUCAUGGCAACAGCACCAAUGAGAAAGAGGCCAUGCAAAGCCUCAACAGCCGACUCGCCAACUACCUAGACAAGGUCCGCACUCUGGAGAAGUCCAACGCUGACCUGGAGCUGAGGAUCAAACAACUGAUGCUGGAGCGUGUGCCGAAAGGGCAUGAUAUUGAUUCCAUGAUGGCCCAAGCCCAUGCUCUGGAACAGGAAGUAAGGAAGAAGACCCUGGAGAACGCUCGGAUCAUGCUUGAGAUCGACAACGCUAAGCUGGCUGCAGAUGAUUUCAGAAUCAAAUGGGACACGGAGAGUGCGAUGUGUCAGUCGGUGGAGCGGGACUGUGUGGCCCUGAAGAAAGCCAAGUCAGACCAUGACCAGAUCAUCGCCACACUCCGUGGUGACCUGGACAGCCUGAAAGAGGAACUUUACUUCCUGAAGAAGAAUCAUGAGGAGGAAGUAGACAGCCUGAGGGCCCGGGUUGCUCAAGAGGAAGUCAGUGUGGAGGUGGAUGCGGCCCACGGGCCAGAGCUGGGGACGGUUCUCUCUGACCUCAGGUCUCAGUAUGAAGGCAUUGUCCAGAAGAACAAGGAGGAAGCUGAGAGCUGGUACCGUAAAAAGCUGGAGAUGGUGCAGUCGCAGGUGCGAGAGAGUAACGAAGCCCUGAGAGGGGCUCAGAGUGAACUGACCGAGCGACAGCGCUUUCUGCAGACACUGGAAGUGGAACUGGAGAGCCUUCACAAACAGGUGGCGGCUCUGGAGGGUAACCUGGGUGAGACGGGGCAGAAGUACACCCUGGAGAUGGAGCGACUGCAAGCUACCCUGGCCCAGCUGGAGGAAAACCUGUCGCAGCUGCGUCUGGACAUGCAGCGCAACAAGACGGACUACGAGCAGCUCCUGCGCAUCAAGCAGAACCUGGAGAUGGAGAUCGCAACCUACAGGAGGCUGCUGGAGGGGGAGGAAACGGUUAAAGAGACUCCUCCACCACCUAAGAGUGAGUGCUCACUCAUACAAAACAUGUCACAUGACACAUGA